CUUCCCCUUCCUGCCCCCCUGAGCGCGAUCUGUGCCCCGCUGCUGCCCUGCUCCGCUGUCACACGCGACCUGGGGCUCCUCCAGCACCGCUCCAGCUCGGGACCAGCACCAGGAGACGUGGAGCAGGCAGGAUGGGGGCGGGGGGCUGCCUGGGGCCGCUGCUGCUGCUGCUGCUGCUGCCGCCCCUCCCUUGGGGUGAGCACCGGGGCCAUGGGUCCAGCGUGGCCAGCGGGGGCUCGGAGUCACUUGCCAGGGCGGUGGCAGGUGCUGGUGGGGACGGGACCUGGCUCCAGUCGUCGAUCAUCGGGGGACGCGAGGCCAAACCCCACUCCCGGCCCUAUAUGGCAUCCCUCCAGUUCAGGAGGGUUCACAUCUGCGGGGCAGCGCUGCUGCACCGGCGCUGGGCGCUGACGGCCGCGCACUGCCUGCGUCGGGGGUCGUGGGAUAAGCUGGAGCUGGUGGUGGGGCUGCACAAAUUGCGGGAUAGCGGGGAGGACGUGCAGAGAUUCCCCAUCCGGGCUGCCUGUCCCCACCCCGGCUACGACGGAGAUACGAUGGAGAACGACCUGCUCCUGCUCCAGCUGGAGGGGACGGUGACACUGAGCAGGACACGGGGUCUCAUCUCGCUGCCGAGCCGGGAGCCAGCGCUGGGAGCGCGGUGCAGCCUGGCGGGCUGGGGGGUCCUGGACAGCGAGCGCCAGAAGCUGUCGCCCACCCUGCAGGAGCUGGAGGUGAAGGUGAUGGACGCGCAGAUGUGCAACAACAGCCGCUUCUGGAACGGCCGCAUCGCCCGCACCAUGAUCUGCUUCCAGGGAGAGCACCGCGGCUCGGCACCCUCCAAGGGUGACUCGGGGGGCCCGUUGGUGUGCGGGAAGCGGCCGGCAGUGGCCGGCGUGAUGUCCUUCAGCAGCCGGGACGCCACUGACCUUUUCAAGCCGCCAGUGGCCACCUCGACCGUGAAGUACAAGAAAUGGAUCCAGAAAACUCUGCGGAGGGGCUGCCCCCAGGGAUAGACAGAACACCCCUUCCUAUUUACACAGGUUGGCUUUUAAUUGGGAAUACUGUCCAGAGUCUGGUAAAAUAACAUCCUUAGUACAUAGAUACAGUGACGGGGAGCGGAGCUCGGCAGGAUUGUCCAUGGAGGAGGGGGAGGGCAGUGGCUCGGAUCCCGGGAGGUGAUGCUGGCCCUCCUGCCACCCCUGUGCUCCCUUACAGCACUUGGGAGUGCUGCUCCUGGGAUUUUCCACCUUUUCCUUCAGUGCCGGCCGCUGCCAGGGCAGGGGGGCUCCAGUGGGCACUGGGGUGUGCCCGUCCCCACAACCCCAGUGAACAUCCUUGGGGACACCCUGCAUUUCCCCACGGUCCUGGUGUCUCCCUGUCCCCACUGUAUGUCCCCAGUGCAACAACCCAGAGCCCCUCACUGUGUCCCCACAGCCGCCCAGGUGUGUCCCCUGCACAUGUCCCCAUAGCCCUGUGUCUGUCCCUGCACCCCCCAGCACUGGGAUGGGGGGGCACAAAGGUGGCCCCACCCGAAGCAGGUAGUGAUGGUGGGAGGACGGGGAGGUAUCCAUGGGGUCUGGGACCACCUGGAUUGGGGGUCCCUCUGAAGCCCAUCCCGCUCCCAGGGGCCGAGGCACUUCCCACACACCCCAGUCUCAGCACCUGGGCCCGGCUGGCAGCAGAAGUGGGGGUGUCCCCGGGGUUUUGGGGCCGGGAGGCCCCGUGCUCGUGGGCGUAAUCCAGUCCUGGAUGGAUUCGUGUCCACAUCCACAAGGACACACCGGCAUCCUGGCUGUGAGCCGAGGCUCUUCUGCCCCAGGGGUGGGAGGCUGGGGGGCUGCGGAUGAAGGUGAAGGACCCCAGACCCUUUCCUGGGGGUUGGGGCAUCCCGGUGCUGGCUUAGCACCCUGUCCCCUCCCAGGGCAGCCCCCCAGCCUGGUGACAGCACCCUGUGAGCAGCCCCCAGGAUGAGCCCAUCAGGACCCUGGCCACCCCUGUGAGCCCCUGCCCGGCUCCUCCUGCACCAUUUCCACCUGCCACCACCUCGGACCGGCACAGGUCACCCAGCAGCAAUCAGGAGCCUCCAGCAGCACAAACGGGGGUCCUGGCCCCCAUCUCCCCCUCCAAAGCCUCUCCCCUGAGUCCCUUCCGCUGUUAAUAAACGAGCUGUGAUCGCUGGCAGA